GCUGGGCUGGUGGCUGUUUCAAUCAAAGGAAAGGCAGAGAGGGAAGGGAGGCUCUGCGGAGAGAUGUUAAGAUGGCAGAGCUACAAAUGUUGUUAGAGGAAGAGAUUCCGGCCGGUAAAAGAGCGCUGGUGGAGAGUUACCAAAACCUGACGAGAGUAGCAGACUACUGCGAGAACAAUUAUGUCCAGGCCCAGGACAAGAGGAAAGCUCUGGAGGAAACCAAAGCCUACACCACCCAGUCCCUGGCUAGCGUGGCCUACCAGAUUAAUGCCUUAGCCAACAAUGUGCUGCAGCUGCUGGACAUCCAGGCCUCACAGCUGCGGCGCAUGGAGUCCUCCAUCAACCACAUCUCUCAGACGGUGGACAUCCAUAAAGAGAAGGUGGCCAGGCGAGAGAUCGGGAUCCUGACCACUAACAAGAACACAGCAAGGACUCAUAAGAUCAUAGCGCCGGCCAAUAUGGAGCGGCCAGUCAGGUACAUCAGGAAGCCAAUUGACUAUACUCUACUGGAUGAUGUCGGCCACGGUGUUAAGUGGCUAAAAGCCAAGCAACAUGGAAACAAUCAGUCGAUCAGAGGAGGAACACUAUCGAGGACCAAUCCGCCGACGCAAAAGCCGCCCAGUCCGCCGAUGUCCGGGCGUGGCACGCUUGGACGCAACACGCCCUACAAGACCCUGGAGCCAGUGAAGCCGCCCACAGUUCCCAAUGACUACAUGACCAGCCCCGCCCGACUAGGCAGCCAGCACGGACAGCAGCAGAGCCCCGGGCGCACGGCGUCGCUCAGCCAGAGGCAACGCACGCACAGUGGAAGCAGCGGGGGCAGCGGCAGCAGGGAGAACAGCGGCAGCAGCGGAAUUGGCAUUCCCAUCGCCGUGCCUACACCCUCCAUCCCCAACUCUGGACCAGUCCCAACCAUGCCUGCUCCCCCGGGAGCCCCUCCGCCUCCCCCACCCCCUCCUCCUCUACCUCCACCUGCUCCUCCCAUGGCCGGGAUGGCCCCUCCAGCGCCACCACCGCCACCUCCCAUAGUUGCAGAUACUCCUACUCCACCUCCCCCUCCUCCUCCGGAUGACAUGCCCAUGUUUGACGACUCGCCACCGCCUCCGCCGCCGCCUCCGGUGGAUUACGAGGAGGAAGACGCCGCAGUUGUGCACUACAACGACCCCUACGCCGACGGAGACCCCCAGUGGGCUCCCAAGAGCUACAUCGAGAAAGUGGUGGCCAUCUACGACUACGCCAAGGACAAGGACGACGAGCUGACUUUCAUGGAGGGCGCCAUCAUUUACGUCAUCAAAAAGAACGACGACGGCUGGUUCGAAGGCGUGUGCAACGGCACCACCGGCCUCUUCCCCGGCAACUACGUGGAGUCCAUCAUGCACUACGCCGACUGAAGGGACCUUUCAGUUAAAGUACAGCAUAUUUAUUCAGUCAUAUCACAAUCCACUGAGAGACUGACGGCAGAAAUCUGACUCCCGAGAUGCAUAACCACGUGAUCCCCCCCGCCGCCCUUUUUCUUUUGAUAUGACGGAAUGUUUUUUCCCUUACUGAUUGCAAAUAAAAUGACAAAGGUAUAUCUAUUUAGUUAAUUUUGGUGUUAUGGACAGGUGGGGAACAUUUAAGGAAUAUGUAAAAUAAACUUUUUUUUAAUGAAUUGGACUGCACAUGCUCACACAGUUGAAGGAUGUACGGUGAGAUCUUGCCUGAACAAAAAACUUUGUGAACAAGAGUUUUUAGGUUUCGAUGGAACAAAUAAAAAUGUAACGUAAGCACCUUCAGUGGAAGUGUUUGUACUGUUGGUUGUACAUAAUCCGAGCUGCAGCCACUCCGGGAGGGAAGGGGGGGGGUUCUGUAAUGUAAAUUCAGUGAAUGUCGAUCAUAUGAUGCUUUUCAUUAGUGGUGCCCUCCUCCUCCUCAACUCUGUAAAUGACAGAUGGACGGUUGGUGAUUCGCAAAUAAAUACUGUAAAUCGUAUUUCAAAGGAAAAUUUACUGCGGGAAAAUCAGUCUCAGCGUCGAAGCAUGCAAAAUUUUUCAAGAUCUAAUGUAAUUUUAAGUUUAUUGCCAUUAUCCUUCCAUUAUGUUGUAAAUGUAUACACCUUUGCUUUCUUAUUACACUGUUGAAAUCACUUUUUUUUUAAAAAACUGAAGUAAAUGACAGGCUCGUCCCUUUUAUCGCCUUUUAAAUUGAAGUUUUUUCAUGAAUUUGGGUCCAUCUAAAGCAAGGAAGACAUUCCAUCCAUUUUUGGCUUUUUAUGGAGCAUUUUAGGAUUCACUGUUUAAUUUUAUAUGCAGAAAAUGUGGAAGAUCUUUCGGUGACCGGCAGGAAUAUCAUUCCUGUGCAUAUGGGUGACAAAUUAAAUGAAAAACAUGAACCCGUGACCCCCGACCUUAACGUGAAGGGACUGUUUAGGUCCUCAAACCUUGUCUUAUGUGCUCUGCUUCUGAACCUGUGCACUACAAUUUUAGCAAAGUAAAGAUGAGGACAACCACAGCACAGUGUUUUUUUCUUACUAAGUGUUGAAACAUUUCUAAUCCUUUCUAGGUUACUAAUAGUCACGGGCACAGAGGGGGUCACUGGAUCAUUUGUGUAUGAAAACUGUGAUUAUGCCCUGUGGAGUCACCAGAUCUCAUCACCAUCAUGAAAACCGCAAAUUGUUUUAACCUCUCUGUUGGCCUGGCAAACACUUCCUGGAAUUUGUCACCUGAGAGUGGAAUCGUCCUGCCCCAAAACUGCCACGUGACAAUUCAGAUGUGAUAACGUAGACCAUUUAAGCAACUAGUACCUCCUCGGUCUUCUCAAAGCACCACUGGCCCCGUCUGGGUUCAAAGACCGCGCUGACUGCUAGGAACGUGUAAUCCUCUGGGCUGCACGGGUGUAUAUAAUACAUUAUCUCCAGUAUAAAUCAGCCAGUCCAUACGUAGGUGUCUCUCAGGUAUAAGAAUCAUCAUCUUGUACUUUUUCAUGCUGGUUCUGUCAUCUAACAUGACCUCCAAAUGCAGUGUUACACCGCUACCUGCUGUGGUCACCUUCCACCCAGUUUCUUUUAUUUCCAGCUCAGUUUCAUCAUAGAUCUCUCUCUUCCUUCAUUUGUACAUAAUAAAAUGUUGAUUGAGAAAUUUAUGUACAGUGUUUUAUAAUAAACAAAUCUAUGUACAACA